AUGUCAGAAUCAACUCCAAUCAAACUACCUUCAUCACUUCCAUUCCCAGUAAUUAUAUCAUCAAUAUUAUGUUCCAAAGGUGAAUCUAUUACAAAACAUAAAGAAAUUUUCAAAUAUAAAUAUUGGGUAUAUCAAGAUGAUCCAAAUUCAAAAGAUGAACCACCUAAAAAAAUAAGAGUUGAAAGAAUUGGAACUUUUGAAAGUCCAAUUGAAGGUAUAAUUGAAAAAAUAAAUGUAUUCAAUAAUGAAGAAAUUUUACAUAAUGAUAUUGAAAUAUUAAAUAUAAAAGAAUUAUGUACUCAUACUGUACAAUAUGGUGGACUUUGUGCAUUAUGUGGGAAAUCAUUAGAAGAAGAAAAAGAUUAUUCAGGUUAUGACUUUGAAGAUAGAGCUACUAUAUCAAUGUCUCAUGAUAAUACAGGUUUAAAAAUAAGUUUUGAUGAAGCUGCAAAAAUUGAAAUGAAUACAACUGAUAGAUUAAAUGAAGAAAAAAAAUUAAUUUUAGUUGUUGAUUUAGAUCAAACUGUUAUUCAUGCAACUGUUGAUCCAACUGUUGGAGAAUGGCAAUCGGAUCCUUCAAAUCCAAAUUAUCCUGCAGUAAAAGAUGUUAAAACAUUUUGUCUUGAAGAAGAUCCAAUCGUACCACCAGGUUGGACAGGACCAAAAUUACCUCCAACAAAAUGUUGGUAUUAUGUUAAGAUUCGACCUGGAUUAUCUGAAUUUUUAAAAAAUAUGAAUAAUAUUUAUGAAAUGCAUAUUUAUACAAUGGCAACAAGAAAUUAUGCUUUAGCAAUUGCUAAAAUAAUAGAUCCUGAUGGAAAAUAUUUUGGUGAUCGUAUAUUAAGUAGAGAUGAAAGUGGUUCAUUAACUCAUAAAAAUUUAAAAAGAUUAUUUCCUGUUGAUCAAUCAAUGGUUGUUAUAAUUGAUGAUAGAGGUGAUGUAUGGCAAUGGGAAAAUAAUUUAAUAAAAGUUGUACCAUAUGAUUUUUUUGUUGGUAUUGGAGAUAUAAACUCAAGUUUUUUACCUAAAAAAAAUGGUCAAUUAACAGGUCCAAUUAAAAAGAGAAAAUCAAUAGCGAAAUUAGAAGCAGCAGCUGAAAAUAAUAAAACAAAAGAAGAUGAAGAAAAUAGUAAGGAUUCACAAAGUCAGUCACUAUCACAAUCACAAACACAAUCAUCACAAUCACAAUUACAAGAAGAAGCAACUCAAGAAGAUCCAAAAGAAAUCACAACAAAUCCAGUUGAAAGAAUAUUAGAAUUAGGAGGAGGAGAAGAUAAUACAAAUUUAUUACUUGAACAAUCAAUAACAAGAAAUCAAUCAAUUGAACAACAACAACAUGAUCGACCUUUAGCAAAAUUACAACAUGAUUUAGAUCAAUUACAUGAACAUAAAUUAGAAAAUAAUACAAAUAAAAGUUCUACCAAUGGAUCUGGAUCUGGUUCAUCAUCAUCAUCAUCCUCAUCAUCAGAUAGUGAAGAUUCUGAAUUUGAUGAAGAUUUAGAAGAUGAUAAUUUAUUAUAUGAUGAUGAUAAUGAAUUAAUAUUAUUAAAUAAAGUAUUAGAUAAUAUUCAUAAAGAAUAUUAUUUACAAUAUUCAAAAUUAAAUAAACCAAAUUUAACUAAAAUAAUACCAUAUAUGAAAAGUCAAGUUUUAAAAGGUAUAACAAUAUUAUUUUCUGGUAUAAUACCAUUAGGUAUAAAUUUAAAUUCAGCAGAUAUUGUAAUAUGGUGUAAACAAUUUGGUGUAAAAGUUGUAAAUGAAGUAUAUCCUGAUAUUACUCAUGUUAUAUGUAAAGAUAUAAAUGAAAAUUCUGGACCCACAUUAAAAGUUAGAAUUGCUAAAAAAUUAUAUGGUAAUAAAAUUAAAAUUGUAAAUCCAGAUUGGUUAUUUUUUUGUUUAAGUAAUUGGUCAAAAGUUGAUGAAACUGAAUAUUUAAUUAAUAAUAAUGAUGAAAAAUUAUGGGAUAUAAAACAAUCGGAAAUUGAUAAAUAUUUAAAAAAAUUAGAUAAUAUACAAAAAAAAAGAAAUGAUGAGUCCAAAAUAGGGAGUAAUGAUUUAAUUAAUGAUGAUAACGAUGAAAAUGAUGAAAGUAUACGAUUAAAUUCUAUUGAUAAAUUUGAAGAUUAUGAUUUAGAUGAAGCUAAUCAAGAAGUUGAUGAUUUCUUAGCUGGAUUAAGUGAUGAGGACGAUGAUGAUGAUGAAGAUAAUGAUGAUGACGAUGAAGAAGAGGAAGAUGAAGAAGAGGAAAAUAUCAAUACUAAUGGUCAUGAUUCAUUUAUUAAAGACGUAUAUAAGAAAAAAAGGAAAUUAGAGGUGGAUAAUGAAGAAGAAGAAGAAGAAGAAGAAGAUUCAGAAAAUAAUACUACUAUAAAUGAUAAAAAGCGUAAAACGAGUAAAAAUACAGAUAAUAAUGAAUCAAUAGAAGAUAAUGAUGAUGAUAAUCAAUUAAAUAUAGAUGCAGAAGAUUUGGAACAAGAAUUACUUAAUGGGUUUGAUGAUUUGAAUGAUGAUUAG